AUGCCUGUCGCUGUCGCCCCGGCUCCUCGCAGCCACUCCUUCCUCGCAAACGCCAUUCGAGGCAGGAGCAGAGCCGCGUCGGAAGUUGGCCCUCCGCAGUCGCGCGAGCCCGAACGCGCACAGUUGCCAAAAGCCGCUUCCUACACGUACUUUCCCCAUGUCAAGGAAUUGGACCCCGAGGCUCCUGGCGCUGAAUCAAGGAGAAGCGGCGACGAUGAUGGCGAAAUUCGCAGGAGUGAAGAGAGGACGUCCGGGAGCCAGUCGGGUGGGUCGAGUCCUUCGUCUGAAGAAGCCCCAGAGGCGCCUGGCCUGCAGAUGCAGACAUUGAGGCCCCCUACACUUACGCGCCGCUCUUCGCGAUUUCUCUCCUUUACCAGUAGUAAGAGCAGAGAUUCUUCCGCCGAGCCCAAGCCAGACCCAAAGCAGGAGCGGAAAACUGAGCGUGGCCGAACCGACACGGUGAAACAGAGAGAGUCUCCGGGAGGCUCGCCGGUGCGCUCUCUAACCAAGCUGCGGAGGAAGUCAUGGGUUGUAUCUUCGCAGCAGCCGCGCGAGUCGUCCUCACCACCCAAAGACAAGAAGAACAAGCACAGUGAGAAAACGGCCGAGUCGAACAAACGGAAAACGUUGACAACGACCGCAACUAUUCCCGAAGAGUCGGAAGCAAGGGACACGGUCGACGAAGCCAUUCAACACCCUCCGUCACUCAGCAAGAAGAACAAGCGUCUCAGCGGCCUCUUCACUGCCACCGCCAGUGCCUCCAAUCUGCCCGCCGUACCCAAGUCAUUUUCUACCGAACAACUACCGCUAUAUCCGCAAACACACAACCCAGCCAGCCCCACCCACCUUGUCCCGCCUCUACCGCGCAACGUAUUCCAAUCCAAAUCCAGUUCACUCAAAGCCAAUGUUGUCCGCACCGCCCUCCUGCCCUUCCUCCGCCAGUACACUACACAUCCUUCAAAUCACAAGCUCCGGCCAGAAGAUCUCGAUCGACGUGUUAACAUCCUCAACGGAUGGUGGACCGGCCUCUUGGAACUUGUGGCCGGUCGCAACAACCAAUCCAUUUCUGGCACAGAUCGUCCCGUCAUCCUCGAGGGCAUCGCUGCCAUCAUGGAACGACCGGAAUGGCGAUUGUAUCCGUCCCCGUUCUGCCCCCUUGUCGAUCGUGGAGAGACAUUGUCAGCAUCCACUGCCACCAUCGCCUCUAGCGCCGCCUCUUCCAAUUCCGAUUUUCUUGCCGAAUCCGUCUACCACAACGUCCGAAACAUCUUUACUCAAAACCUCCAGUCUCAGAUGUCUUUUGUUGUAGAGAAGAUGUCUUUGAGAAAUGCCGCAGCUAGCUUGGUUACCUUUUGUGGAAAGACUUGCGCGUACGCCUUUUGCUUCUCUCCGGGAAUCGCCGAUGUUUUGGUGCGCCUAUGGAGCCCCUCUCUUGACAUGAUGAAACGGGUCAUGGAGGAGUCAGGCGUAUCGAAACUUGACCGACUGGAUAAUGUGUCGGAACGAGUUGUGGCUUCCUUUCCGCCCAUGCUUCAUUCACUGAAGUUGCUUUCUCUCCACCGACUCCUCCGCCAGCUACACAAGCCUGCGUUACCACCAUUAGCCAUGGCCAACAUUGACUGGUACGGCCCCUGGACCAAGCGCUGGUCGGGCGCCGAGAGUGAUCUUUUCUAUGUCUUUGUCAAGCAUUUCCACAUUCUUGUGAGCGAUUUCCUGCCCGCUGAGCCGAGUAACGCCGAGCGCAUAUGCGUGCCCGGACUCAUCAUGGUUCAUGCUCAAGUCUUAGUCAACCUCGACGCCACUAUCAACAGAAAUGCUACUCCGCAGCAACCACAAUCACAAAUCGAAGAUACAACAUCGACUGCAUCCUCAAUCACAUUCGACGAUGUUCUGGAACCCGAUGCUUCGGCCUCCACCAUUGCCAUCCCACCGGCAAAUGCCACCCGCAUGAUGCAGGAGAACCGGCUCAUAAUGCUGAUACGAGACUUUCUUUCCGAGCGGAACGCACAUCUUCACAUUGCUAGGCGGAUGUUUGCCGAUAGUUUUGCGCGGCUCUUGCAGGCGCAAGCACGGAAGAUAUCCAUCUACGAUAACAGUGCCUGCUAUACGCUAUGUGAUUUCCUCGAAGAGGCCUUCAUCAUCAUGGUCCGUUAUGAGCAACACGAGAGUGAUCAUCACACAGUCAUGGACUGGCCAUUUUGGCUUCAAGUGUUCAGAGCAAUGGCUGCCAGCCACAACACAGCGACAGAGAUCAAGCUAUACGCUUUUCUCUACAGCAGCUGGUGUACUCUGGUCAUGGAUGAGAAGCGAAAGUUGUCGUUAUGUAACGAUUUCCUGUUGGAGCCAGAAUUCUUCGAAAGCCGGUUCAAUCAUUGGUGUCCUAUGGUGCGAUCCUACUUCAUGCGACUGAUCUGCUGGCGAGUUGCACGUUAUGAUGGACAAGAAACCGAGGCUGAAGUAUCGAUCAAAAAAGCUUUAAGUGAUCGCCUUCGAUCUGUCUGGUCUCACUACCUCUGGCUUCAAGAAGAGGCUGAGCGCAAGCAAAUGGUAUACCCAUCGACACAGGCUUGCAACCCUGCACCAGGCCGACGCUUUCUCAUUAUACGUAAUGACAAUCCCAUUGUGGCUAACAGCGGGCCAUUUCUUUCCUUCGACGGCGUGGUCCAAAAUCCUCACCAACGGAAACCAACUCCUACAAGUAACGUGAUCCCGGAGCCAGAUGUCCGUCCAGCCUCGGCCAUGUCUACAGACUCGCAAGACUUUCCCGACGAAGAUCAAAGCAAAGGCAAAUGGAACAUUCUGCGCAGCUUCAUGGGAGGAUCGAAGCAGACUGCAAAAUCCAAGAGCCCUGGGCCAUCUGGCAAGGACAAGGAGAAUGCUAGCAAGUCAUCGAAUGCGAACGGAGCCAAAGCUUCAACCGAAAGCCCGCCCACUAACACACCCGCGGUUCCCGCUACUCCAGCGCCAGGGCCCGCACCGAUCAGCCACCGAUCAUACAACUUCCGUUUCUCCCUCGAAUGGGUCGACAAGCGCUUCGGUUCAUACCAGCACAUGCGUCUUCAACCUCCCCGUCUCCCCGCCCCAGCACAAAACCUACUACAAUCCAAAAACAUCAACCUCGAGCCCGUCCUCAGCACCCCACCCGUCGGCGCAGCCGUAACAUCAAGCACAUAUGCGGGGCGCGCCCUCGCCGAAUGGACGUUUGUCAGUCACGAAUGCCAGAACUUUUUUGAUAGGAGAAAGAAUGAAGGCGUGCCUACGAAUCGGCAGGUUGAGACGCCUACAUUGAAUGUUGAGGCUUUUAGACGGCCUGGGUAG